UUCCAGUAGGGAGUUUGCCCCAUUAUGGAGGGGGGUGUAAUUGUUAACAAAUAUUAACUCGGGCAUCUCACAGAACUAAAAAUCCAUACCAGGAGUUGGUCUUCAUCCAGCAAUAGAUCCCAUUGAAGGAAAUUCCUAUUGAUGGUCUUCUCCUGACUGUCUGGACCUCUUUGUCUACAACCAAGGAAGCCUUUUUCACAAAGAAAGAUAGCUGCACCCUUAGGGUAACUUCCUCUCCUCCAGUCCAGCUCUGUUGACUCCUUCAUUCAUCUCCCAGCUCUACUCCAGUUAAUAGACUUCUUUCUCAACCAUGUCCCCAAGGAUCCCUCCAGGGUUUUGCUGCACCUUCUGAUUGGGCCAUCCCCCUUCAUUUGCAAGUGGCUUUGUGUCAUGUACCCUCUGGGGGCAGGGCAGCAGGGCCACUGGCAGAAGCAGGAAACACCAGCUUCUUAGAAAGAGUGCCACCAGAGGCAGGACAAGGUUACAAGGAAGACUGGGGACAGUGUGAUGUAAUUGGUCUCCACUCAUUUUCAAAGGGAGCCGUGGAGGAUAUUCAGAAUAGGAGCAGGCAGAAUAACUCUUACUGAAGGCUGGCAACAUGAGUUCAGCUAUCCUGAAGGUUGAGGCUCUAGAUGCUGAACGUUUGAUCCGGAUCCAUUGGGACGAUGGAGAAGAAUCUCUCUACCCUGCUGUCUGGCUGCGAGACAAUUGCCAGUGCCCUCGUUGCUACUUGGAUUCUGCAAAAGCUCGUAAACUCCUCAUUGAAACCCUUGAUGUGGACACAUGGGUCAAGCACUUGACGUUGAUCAACCAAAGAAAGGUACAUAUCAUGUGGCCUGAUCAACAUGUUAGUGAUUUCGAGGCAGAUUGGCUAAAGAAAAGAUGUUUUUCCCAAAAAUCCAGAGCCAAACUCCAAAAAGAAUUGUUUUUGCCAGAAUGUCAAUACUGGGGCUCAAAUCUCCACCUUCCUACUCUGGAUUUUGAGGAUGUUUUAACAAGUGAUGAGCAUGCCUAUAAUUGGCUGUCCACUCUCAAGAAAAUCGGCAUCGUGAGACUAACUGGAGCUGCUGCCCAACGAGGAGAAGUCGCUAAACUUGGCAAGAGAAUUGGCUUCCUGUAUCUCACGUUUUAUGGACAUACUUGGCAAGUACAAGAUAAAAUCGAUGCGAAUAACGUGGCGUACACAACUGGAAAGCUAAGUUUUCACACAGAUUAUCCAGCCCUGCAUCAUCCACCUGGGGUCCAAUUUCUUCAUUGCAUAAAGCAAACAGCCACUGGUGGGGAAAGUGAAAUUGUAGAUGGAUUUAAUGUAUGCCGACAACUCAAGGAACAAAAUUCUAAGGCAUUUCAGAUCCUCUCCUCAACCUUUGUGGAUUUUACAGAUAUUGGAGUUGACUUUUGUGACUUCUCAGUACAAUCCAAGCACAAAAUCAUAGAAAUAGACAAUAAAGGUCAAGUGAUUCGCAUCAACUUCAAUAACUCAACCAGAGAUACAAUAUUUGACAUCCCUGUAGAAAAAGUACAGCCAUUCUAUGCUGCUUUAAAGGAGUUUGUUAAUCUGAUGAACCAUAGAGAAAACAAAUUUAUCUUCAAGAUGCAUCCAGGUGACGUGAUUACAUUUGAUAACUGGCGCUUACUUCACGGCCGGAGGAGUUAUGAAGCAGGAACAGAAAUAUCUCGCCAUCUUGAAGGUGGUUAUGCUGACUGGGACGUGGUUAUGUCCAGGCUUCGUAUCUUAAAGAAGGCUGUCAAAAAUGGAAAUUGAAUUUUCUAGCUGUACUUUUGACAGUGCAACUAAAGAUGGUUUUUUUUGGUAAACUACAGCAAGAUACUUAAUCUCUGCUUAGCACAAUCAGUAGUAUUAUGUAUAUCUUAGACGUUAAUUUCUUUAGCAUUGUAACUAGAAUCACGAGAUUACUUUUUUCUUUGUUUCUCUAUUGGACCCAGAAAAGAGAUGAAGAAAUAUAUCUUUCUCCUUUCCUUGUAAAGGCAGGGGCCAGGGGUGCAGAAUGUCAUAUAUGCCAUAAGGCAAGGUUGAAGUAUCAAUUAUUUUUCAAUAGUUUUGCUAGAUUAUUAUCUUUUGCAUAAGGGAAAUUUCAUUAGAUUGGGAGUAGGUAAGAGAGAGAGAGAUCUAGAAAUUACUAUGAUAUAAAAUAAAAAUUAUUAAUAAAACUUUUUAAAUGUUA